CUCCCGCUGUGUCCGUGCCCGCGGUGGGUGGGCUGUUGGGCCGGCGGGUCUCGGUGGAUCUGGCGUGCAUUUUAGCAGUCCUAGGAGUAAAGAGCGAGAGCGUGUGCGUGUGUGUGUGUAUGUAUGUAUGUGUAACCAGUUCCGCCCCCUCCUGGGGUGUGCGUACUAGUGUGGCCCGCAGAUCUGUGGGUCACACUACGUGGCUUCCAGGUGCCUGUGGGUACUACGCGUGGGGACAGCCCCUGGGGGGCUGAGUGUGGAACUGGAGUGUUUCCUUCAGGACCUGUCCGACUACAUAUGAAAUCGGAGGGUAACUGGUGGGGUUGUGGGGUGUGGGCGCUGGGCACGGUAUGCUGUCAGUUUGUUUUUGCUUAUGUUUGGGUAAUUGACCCGGCAUGGCCUUGUGUAACUAACUAGUGCAUAUCGCUGAACCUGUGCAUGAGAGAAAGAGAGAGACAUCCUAACUUGGGGGGAGAAGGAACCUCUCUUUUCUCUGCCCCCUCCCUCUGGCAUCCUAUUGAAAAGUUUUAGGUUUCUGCAGGGUGAAGGAGAGUCCUGCUCCCAGAACUUGUGUGCCCCGGAUUCCUUCUGGGAUAUGGAGGCAUCGAUAUGUCAGUCGGGGAAGGGGUUUCUGGGCCAUGUUAUGGGCUGAGUUCUAUGAAAGGUGCUGGGGGGGGGGCACAUCUGAGCACCGACUGCCCGGCCCUGUUUCCACUCAGGAAAUGCUUUUGGUGCUGAGAGUAAAAAGCCAACCAACACACCUUUCCUUUCUAUUCACUGGGAAGUGAAAGCAGUCUGGGCUGGGACUGAGGACCCAGACAGAAUUCAGACGUAUCCCUGCCCUUGAAAUGCUCACUGCUGCUGUUAAACAGUUGGAAUAAGGGGAGGGUCUCUGAGUGAGGGCUGGCAGAGCCAGGGAGUGAGGGUGCAGUGAUGACGCUGGUAUGGGCUUGCAGAGUUGCAGGGAACCGGCAUUCAAUGCCUGGCCCCCACAUACACACCACGGGGGGCUUGGCCAUGUUUCAUUCCUGAUUGAGUGGCUGGUGAAGGUUACACAAGGUACUCCUGAGUGAGGUGCCGGGUUCAGGGCCCAACAGGUAGUAGGUGCUUAGUAAACAUUUACUAAAUUGGGACUUGGAAGGAGGGAUGUAGUGACAGAAAUGGGUUGUAAGUGGACACAGGCUUUGUACUCAGAUGAAAGGCCCUGUGUGUGCUAAGAGGAAGUGUCUGAUGCAAGUUCAUAUUAGACGGAAGGUCAGAAAGAUUGAAAAAUGUGCCUUCCUGCACUGAGACGCUUUGAGUUUCAUUCAUUCGAUUCAUUGAUUCUCACUCCAUUCAUUUGCUCGUGUUUUCACACACACACCACAGAGCACCAGAGAAUAAACUCAAGUGUGAGAAUCAUGUGUAUGUAGAACGUGUGAACCACUCUGCCCCUGGGGGGCUCGGUGCUGUGUGGGGACUUGUGUGCCUUGGGCCCUGGGUGCGUGUACCGUCAGGACAUCAGUGUGUGCAUGGAACGGCACAGCUCCGCUGUGGGAUCAGGACUCAUGCAGGCCAGGUGGGGAAGGGGUGAGGGGACCUGGCGAGGACCCAGGCACCAACUCCAGCUGAGUGCUGUGAGGGAAUGGGGUGGCCAGAUUCUUCCAUUUUGUAAGAGAAGCCAGAAAUUCAAAGUUUAAAAUGUAAAAUCUUUUGCUUUUUAUACAUUAGCAACUAAUUCACCAAAAACAAAUGAACAGACCAGGAACAAAACAAAGCAAAAACUUCUAUGAGCCAAAUAUGGCCCACAGGCUGUAAGUUGGUAUGCUUUGAUGGGAAUGCCCACGUGCUGUCUGUCGUCCGUGCAGGUGUGUGUUCGGCUGCCAAGGGGCCAAGGGAUGAGCUGGGGCCCUCCUUCCCAAUGGCCUCUCACCCUGGUCUGGAACUGAAGACACUGAGCAAUGGUCCCCAGGUCCCAAGGAGACCGUCUCCCCCGGGCCCAGCAGCCCCACCCAGAGAGGGUGUGGAUAAUGCCUGCUUCUCCUCGGAGGAGCAUGAGACCCAUUUCCAGAACCCUGGGAACACCAGACCGGGCAGCUCUCCCAGUCCCCCAGGGGGUGUCCCCUCACUUCUUCGAUCCCAGCGGGAUGAUCUGUCCCUACAUUCAGAGGAGGGGCCAGGCCUGGAGCCCGUGAGCCGCCCAGUGGAUUAUGGCUUCGUUUCUGCCUUGGUUUUCCUGGUGAGUGGGAUCCUCCUGGUGGUGACAGCCUACGCCAUCCCCCGAGAGGCCCGCGUCAACCCGGACACAGUGACAGCGCGGGAGAUGGAACGACUAGAGAUGUACUAUGCCCGCCUGGGCUCCCACCUGGACAAGUGCAUCAUCGCGGGCCUGGGGCUGCUCACGGUGGGCGGCAUGCUCCUGUCGGUGCUGCUCAUGGUCUCCCUGUGCAAGGGCGAGCUCUACCGCCGGCGGACCUUCGUCCCCGGCAGGGGCUCCAGAAAGACCUAUGGCUCCAUCAACCUGCGCAUGAGACAGCUCAAUGGGGACGGGGGCCAGGCCCUGGUGGAGAACGAAGUUGUCCAGGUCCCAGAGACUAGCCACACUCUCCAGGUCUCUUAAAUGAGACCCCACUUUAUCUGGCUGCUUUAGCUGCAGGGCCACAAGGCCCCAAAAGGCCACAGGUUUCAAACUGAGCUCCACAUAGGGCCCGUGGAAGGAGCACUGGGUGCCAGAGGGAGAGCCCAGGGCCGGCCCAGGCCCCACGUGGGCGAGCAGCCCACUGAUCUGUUUUGUAGCUGAGGUUUUGCAUAAGGUUUUGUUCGGAAGAUGGCUUCUGCUGCUAAAAAUACAAACGUUUGGAAACUGC